GGCGAGCCAGUGAGGAGAGGCCGGGCAGGGCUGGUACUUCUGGCACCCUGGCCAGCGGGGCGCGCUCCGGAGGCUCCAGUCUGUGGCAGCGCGGCGGAUCUCCGGCCGGCCCUCGGGUGGCGACCGCUGCCUCGCGUUUCACGCUCGGCCUCCUCCGGCGGCCGUCCCGGCGGCGGGAGUUGGCGACGGGAUGUGUUCGGCCGGGGAACUGCUUGGUGGCGGCGGAGGUGGCGGCGGCGGCGGCAGCAGCGGUGGGGAGCGCGACGAGGACGGAGACGCGCUGGCGGAGCGGCUGGUGGCGGGGACAGAGCCGGAGCCCGGAGCGAGCCCGCGCCGACGCGGGCAGCGUCCGCUGGAGGAGCGCGAGCAGGAUAUUGAAGAAUCACAAAAUCAUACUGGCGAACCUGUUGGAGAUGACUACAAAAAGAUGGGAACACUUUUUGGUGAAUUGAACAAAAGCCUCAUCGAGAUGGGCUUCACAAGGAUGUAUUUUGGAGAACGAAUUGUGGAACCAGUAAUAGUCAUGUUCUUUUGGAUAAUGCUGUGGUUCCUUGGCUUACAAGCCCUUGGACUAGUUGCUGUUGUUUGCCUUGUCAUUAUUUAUGUGCAACAGUAAAAUAUGGCCAAAUAAGCUGUUGUUUCAUAUUUGGUAGCCGUAUAUGUAUUGGUGAAGUUACAUAUUUCACUACAUGAAAGCUGAAAAGUUUGCCUUGUUUCAAAUUAUGUGCUGUUUUGUAAUUAAAUUUAUAAGUGGACGUUGUUUAAAACUAAACUCAACUCUUGAUUAUCACGGGGUUGAAUAUACAUUUGGUAGCUUAUUCAAAAGUCUUGUUUUAUUACUGUGAUCUGUGCCCACUUUUAAAGACCCCAUCUUAUUCCCACUGUCCUCAAUCUUAACACACCAAAAAGUGAGCAGGGAAAAUAACAGGAUAUGGAAUUCAAACCGGGCAAUAUAGAUCUUAUAAAGAAUUCCAAUAAAACAUUUUAGAAGAAAAAUGAUGGAGCAAGGAGCUAAAACAAAGUUUUAAUGGGAGAAUUGUCCCCACCCAUACCCACCAAAUAACCCCUUACUAUUUGGGAAAUAAUUUGGAUAUCUAUGUUCCUGCUCAGCCCAAACCAAUAUAAACGUAAUUACUAUACACUACCUUAAUAUUGUGAUGAAAAUCAGUUAAAGAUAGCACAUUUUCUAAAGAUUGAAAAGGAUAUAUUUAUUAUGACUGAUGAAAGUUAAAUGUAACUUUUUUAUCGUGUAACAUUUGGGUCUGGAAUCACUUCAGUAUAUCAUUUGAAAUUUUAGACAAUUUUGGUGCUAAUUACCUUUUGUGAAUUUUUUAAGACUCUUAAACCAUGUCUAUUGCUGGCUGCACCCCAUGGUAAUGUUAUGUUUUCUUGUAUCUAACAAGUUGUGUAUUUUUUUUCUAGAGAGACAUUUUCCAUGUAUUUUUUUCCAGAAAUUUACAUUUUAUAGUUCUUUUAUAACAAUUAUUCUAAGAUUUAAAAAAAUCUAUUUCCUAUCUUGGCAUGGAAGUCUCCCCCCCAAAAUUGAUUUGUAUUAUGGCUAAAAUAUUUUACUAUGUCUUUAAGGAAAAAAAAAAUCAGCUUGGUCUCUUUGAUAAAACCAAAUGCUUAAAUUUGAAAUUUAACAGCCAAUUUUAAUAAUAUUCCUCUAAGGCUAAAGCCACAUCAAUAACUGGCUGGUCAUGUUAUUAAUGUGUUUUAAUUCAGCACUUUGGGGUUUUAUAUUUGAACAAACAUUUCUUUAAAUACACUUUAAAAACAGAAAAUGGCUUAGUGAUAUUUUGGAUUUUGUUAAAGAACCUAAAAUUUGUACACUUGCAUCUCAAAGACCCUCUAUAUAGACAAAGGAGGGGCACUAAAGAUAAUUAUCUAGAAAUUCAAGUUAAAUAAGAGGGAAAUGAGACAAUGGGGGUAUUUUUAUCUUUAGCAGGGCAGUAACUAAAGUAUAUGAAGUGUUUAAUAUUCUGCUUUGUAAAGUUUUUACCCAAUCCUAUUUUAAAAAAUUAUUCUAUAAUUUAUCAAUGUCUUCCAUGCUGAAGCAGAAUACUGAUGAAAAGUGUUCAACUUUGUUUUCGAAAAUCAGAUAAUCCUGAACAAAAAUACCAAUCAGAGGGCACUAAAAAGUACUGUGGAUUUAUAUAAAUACAGACCUUUUAAAGUUUGAUAAAGAAAAGACUUUGUAUUAUAUCAUUGUGGGUUUGAAAUAUUUUUGUAGAAACCUUUAUGAAUUUGGCAUAAGGGCAAGUUAUUUGAAAAUGUGUCUUCAUUUGUGCACAGCAGAAUUGUGAGGUUUUUAAUAGAAGUCAUGAGAUUUUUGUAUGUCUGCAUUAAAUAUUUAAAAAGGCAUUCUUUUCUAAUGCUACCAAGAAAUUUAAUUUUCCUUUGGAAUAUAAAAAAGAUACAGUAUGCACAAUAAUAGCUCUAAUUCCACCAGUGCUAAUAUUGAAAAAAAAUUGUAAAGUAAGUUUGAAUAGUAAUUAUUUAAAAUAUACGUCAAUACUAUGUAUCUGCACACUGCUGUUAGCAGGACAUAUAUUAAAUCACAUAAAGAGAUAUUUUGCUGCUAUUCUUACUGAAUUUUUUAUUGGUUAGAGCAACAUACCAUCAAAUUGUUUGCUUUGAUAGGGAAAAAACAAUCUUUGCUUCUUUGAUGGAAAUAAUAUAUUUUCUUUUGUGAAAUAUAUUAGACUUUUGUGAAAUAUAUUAUAUUAGAAAUAUAAAUAUAUUAGAAAUAUAUAAUAUAUUAGACAAGUAGAUUAUACUUGUACCCUGAAAUGAAAAGAAACUGGUCAUUUCUUUUGUUCACAGUGUAAGGAAUUAAAUGGAAAAUGGCUCUCAAUCAUUUCAAUCUCAGAUACAAGCCAAUUUUAGACACCGUUAGUGAUUAUGGAUAAAGACAUGGAGGUUACAAUACUAAGGUUAUUAGAUAUAAUACAUCAUUUAUACCACAGCUCUCAAUUCAAAUGGGAAAGGUUAAAAUAUACAAAUAAAAUGGCCAGAGAUGAAUAAGUCAAUGUUCCUUAAAGUGGAAACUCAGUGUCUUGUAGAAUUCAGUCCUCUCAUAUCUUAAGCUGUGAUAUGCAAGGUAUUUUCCUGUUCCGGGCCACCAGUCACAUCAUACUUGGUCCAGUAUUGUGCCAGGGCCAGCUUGAACUGAUCUGCAAAAACCAAUUGUAUACCUUUUUCCCUCCAGCCCACCUUCAGUGGCAUCACUUGGUAGCCUGAAAUUGUCUAUGAGGGGAGUAUUCAGACUAUCAACAUUGGCAAACACAACAAAUCAGGGUUCUGUUCGCCUGGCAAGCCAGUUGUUAAAACAGUAGCAGCAUGCCACCUAUUAGCCACCCUACAGGUCACAGCCGCAUCUCGACUUCUGUAGAUCGAAAAGGAAGCAUAUUGAAGCAAAUUCCCAUCAACCCACCCAAAACUGUAUCUUUUCCAUGUGGGAAUAAUGAAUUAUGGUUGUCCUCUGACCAACACAUCCCUACGUAAUCUCAUGUUUUGAUCAGACAAAAUCUCCCUGGGCUGUCACUGAGCUGCAUAUCCAUUGAUCCAGAUGAUCAGGAAAUAAACAGUUACAGAACUGAUGGAAGGUAAAUUCCAGCCUAAGUAAAGACUUGUUGUAAAGUAAGAAGGCUCAGAUGGUCAAAGCUAGAUAUUGAGCAAUUGAGGGCUGUUUGUAUGGUUUGUAGAUUAUACUUAACCGUUAUUUUACAGAUGUUUACUGACUUCAGGUUAUUUUAAAUGUUUUUCUUGUCAAUAUAUGGCUUCAACAGGUCAAAAAAGAGAAAAAAAAUAAGACUUUCAUACCUGUUAAUGCUUCUAGUAAUAGACUUGACCAAGGAUGAUGUCAAAAGAACACAACCUACUCUCUUCCUACCCUACACAUUGCCUCAGACAAUGUGUCCACUCCAUGUUUCAGUUACCAUUUCAUACUAACAACUCUGCAGUCCAUAUCUCCAGUUCGGAGCACUGUACAGAAUAUAAAAUCCAUACAUUCAGUUGCUUGCCCAACAUAAGUACUUGCUUAUGCCUUAGUACCUCAGGUUCGGUAUAUCCAAAUCAAAAGGAACUCAGCAUCCUUCUCACAAACCGUUUUUUUUUUUUUUUUCUCUUCCUAUGUUUCCAUCUCAGCAAAAGACAGUUGUCUCCCACACUGCCCACUUAUAACCAAUCACCGUGCCCUAUUUUGCUUCCUAAAAAAUCUUUAAUCUUUAUACUUCUCUUGAUUCCCAGGAUCACUAACUUAGUUCAUACCCUAUCAUCUCCCUAGACAGCUAUCACAGAAUCCUACUUGGUCUCCCCUGCCUUCAUUCUUCCCUCUACAAUCAGAGUAAUCUUCCUAAAUCAUAACUCUGAUCUCCUGCGCCUAAAUCUUUUCAGUGGCUUCCUGUUGCCAUUUUGAAAAAGUGCUUGCUCCUUACUAUGUUUUACAAGGCCCCUCAAGAGCUGGUUCUUAUGUACUUAAUCUCUCUGCACUAUGCCUGUCCCUUUCAACACUCAGCUUUACCAAAUUUGUUUUUUCAGUUCCUUGUGAGAGACAUGCCAACUCACUUCCAGAACUCUGCACAUGCUUUAGCUUCUCUCUUUAGGCCCUCCCCACCAAACUGACCAACCCAUCCGCAGCUUUAAGACCUUUAGACAUAAGGUCCCCCAGGAAAAUUUCUCUGUUAAGUCCACUUCUGCUAUUUCGUGUGCUUUCAGAGAACCCUGCACUUACCCUAUCAGUACUUGUCGUGCUAUAUUGUAAUAGCUUAUUUGUCAGUGCCUUCCUUUCCUUAAAAAAGAUGUAUUCAUUAUUUGAGAGAGCAUGCAUAUGCACAUGCAGCCACUCAAGUGGGGAGGGGCAAAGGGAGAGGGAAAGAAAGAACCCCAAGCAUCCUCCAUGCUGAGCACAAGCCAGAGGCAGGGCUGGAUCUUUCCAACCCAAGAUCACGAUGUUAGCGGAAACCAAGGGUCUACAACCCAACCUACCAAAGCCAUGCAGGCAGCCCUCACACCUUCUUCCUUUACACAAUAAAUUUCGCAGGCAGAGAGCAUGUCUAUCUGGUUCACAAAUUGCAUUGUCUAACACAGUGGCUGGCACAUAAUAAAUGCUCAAAAUAUUUGGCAAAUUUAUAAAUCAACUUCAUUUACUCAUGUAUUCCCUAUAAUGCAUUAACAAAGAUUAAGCACUGGUUGUAUUUAGAGUUCUUUCACUCCAAAAGUAUGCUUAUAAUGCAUAAAGAAAGUGAAUUAAUGUAUAUGUUAUAUUUAUAAAGUUUAUUCACUUUUGAUGGAAGAAUAUUGCUACUAUUUGCAUAUGCAGGAUUACUAUCUUACACUUGCAUAUUUUUAGGAGAUUGUAUGUAUUUUCAGUGUUGUACUUGAUGAAAUCACUGUUUCUCCAAAAAGAAUAUUUUAGAAUACAUGUGGUCAUUGAUGCUAUCUAAAUUUCAUAUUUUUCCAGUAUUUUUCAAUAGACUUUUAUCUACUAAAUUUUGAUUAAAAAAAAAAAAACUCAGAAGUUGCGAUCAGGAAUAAUUCUCAAGUAUCUAAGCUUGGGUAUUUCAGGCUACAGAAUAAAUCCACUACUACAAUGUUCGAGUCACCCGGAUCGUAUAUGUUAAAUAACAUGUAUAUAAAGUACUUUGUUAUUUUUUCCAAUAAAUAAUACUCUUUCACAACCCUG